UUUGUUUCCGGUGUUAUCGGACUGCAGCGACAUUUGAGUUUCAAACGGCAUUUCUUUUUGUAAAAUACACACCAAUACAAAAUGUUAUUCCAGCAACUUUCUAAGUAUGCAAGAACCAUAUUUAAACUGUCCCUAAUUUUUGCGCAUUUACUUUCCUGAUUAUUUUCGCUAAGAGGUGUGUACAAAUGAAGCAGUAUGUGAAAUGGUCAUUACCUAAUUUAAAAGCUACAUUACUGUUUCCAAGCCGUACAUUCCGCUUUUUAUAAUAUAUAUUGCUCUGUAAGUGUGCACAGCCUGGUAUACAAACCCGAACCGCGUUGCUGUGCCUUUGGAAUUCACCUAAUUUACCAGUUUAAUCCACUGACAGCCACACGUGACGCCGCCGCAGUUUCCAAGGCAACAACUAAAACAAUCAGGUGAUGUGAUUAUGGAGGCAGAUUCUGAGCACGGGAGCAACAACGUAGCGCGCCUUAGCCUCGAGCUGGAAGAAGAGCAGCAGAUGAAGGCAAUACUAGAAGUGUCUGUCUCUCAAAUGAAAAGCACCAUUGAUGCCUUAGAGAAAAGACUCAGCUUUGUGGAACAUGAAGGCAACGAGUGGAAGACAAGAUAUGAAACGCAACAGGAGCUGAACAGACAGCUAGACAGGCAAAUCCUCCUUCUGGAAGAAAAGUUGGAUGAAAUUCGUGGAAACCCUGCAGACAGAUUGUCUUCCAUACGGUCUUAUGAUGACAUGCCAGUGAACACUUUGAAACAGCUUCUUAAACAACUUGAUUUGGAGAAGAGGAGCCUUCAGAAUGAGUUGGAUGAUUAUGAAAUGAGACUUGAACAGGAAGCAAAGGCAUACCAUAAAGUGAAUGAUGAACGCCGCACAUAUUUAAUGGAAAUUUCACAGACAUCAGUGACAGUGGAAGCUGCAAAGAAGCAAGCAGGUCAAGCACAUGGCAGAAGGGAGAAGCAAAAAGGUGGAAUUUCUAAUGUACCAGCAAAUCAGAGAAUUCUAGAUCCGAAGAAAGGGCCCAUUAAAAAAACAGCUGCAGUGAAACAUCUUCCAAAAUUGAAUUACUGAUGCAAAUGUUUGGAAGGAAAGCAACUUCAUUGUGUGCUUUUAGAUGACAUUCUUGCAGUACUCUUGAUAUUAAAUAGUUAACUUUGCUUCUAUACAAUGACAAGUACACAUUUUAGUAUGAAGUACAGCUGAUGUCCAGUCCAGCAACAGCUGGUUCUGAGUUCAUCCCUUACUGACCUAAAUUUGCUACCUCUACAAAAUUGCACCUUCAAACGAUUUGCUACUCUGCCAUUUGCUAUAUAUUUUGAAAUCUGAGUUCUUUAUUAAAAUUAUGAAAUAAUUUAAA